UGUGCUCUCGAAUCGCUCUCAUUCCUCCUCCUCUCACACUCAGGCAGCAUCCUCCCCUCUCCACUUCUACCUUCACACUCACCUCUUCACGCCUCCCUCUCAGCUCUCCUCGCCGCCUUCCUCUCCGUCACCUAAUAACACACAUCAUCUCUCACAUCUCUUCCCCCUUUUUCACUCCCUCCUUCCAUCUCUUCCCAUUCUUCCCUCCUUUCUCGCAACACUCAACCUCGCUGUCUUGCGCAAACGCUCGCGUGCAAACACUCAUGCUGAUUGGCACCCAAGGACGGAGCAGCCUCUCUCCCGAACCGGCUACCGGGCGCUUUGAUCGCUGCUCGGGCUUCUUGACACUGAGCUCAGCUGAGGAAGAGGACGAGGAAAGAGGCCAUGGAGCACAGCCACAUCUUUCCCGUUUUUUCCCCAAACGGGAGCACCUGGAGCGGGCAGGAGGUUGCCCAGCGAUGCCCUCUCGGACCACUGCCGGUCAUCUACUACAGCGUCCUGCUCUGCCUCGGCCUGCCGGCUAACAUCCUGACGGUGGUCAUCCUGUCCCAGCUGGUGCUGCGUCGUCAGAAGUCCUCCUACAAUUACCUCCUGGCUCUGGCGGCCGCCGACAUCCUCGUUCUGCUCCUCAUCGUUUUCGUGGACUUCAUACUGGAGGAUUUUAUUUUGGCCACACCACUGCCCCCGUCGUUGAACAGCGCCGUGCAGGUCCUGGAGUUCUCCUCCAUCCACACCUCCAUCUGGAUCACUGUGCCGCUCACCAUCGACCGCUACAUCGCCGUUUGCCACCCGCUGCGCUACCACACCGUGUCCUACCCGGCCCGCACUCGUAGGGUGAUAUUCGCCGUCUACAUCGGCUGCUUGCUGUCGGCGGCUCCGUACUACUGGUGGCCGGAGCUGUGGCACAGCCUGCCUGGGGUUGGAGGAGGUGGAGGGGAGAGCAGCAGGAGGACGGCGGCCCAGCAUGUCCUGGUUUGGGCCCACUGCGCCACCGUCUACCUCCUGCCCUGCACCGUCUUCUUCUCGCUCAACGCCGUCAUCGUGCGGAAGCUGCGCCGGCGUCGGAGCUGUUUCCGUCUGCGCGGUUACUCCACCGGCAAGACCACCGCCAUCCUCCUCGCCAUCACCUCCAUCUUUGCCGUUCUGUGGGCACCGCGCACCCUCAUGAUCCUCUACCACUUCUACUCGCCCCCGCCGGCCUCGCCGAGCGCCGGCCGCCUGCUGCACAUGCUCACCGACAUGGCCAACAUGCUGGCGCUGCUCAACACCGGCGUCAACUUCUUCCUCUACUGCUUCAUCAGCAAGCGUUUCCGGGCCAUGGCGGCCAACGUGCUGCGGGCCCUGGUCCACUGCCGGAAGCAGCCGCCGCCGUUCUACGCCAGCCACAACUUCUCCAUCACAAGCAGCCCCUGGAUCUCACCAGCCAACUCCCACUGCAUCAAGAUGCUGGUGUACCAGUACGACAAGAACGGGAAGCCCAUCUGCAUCUCCUCCUGAGCCGUCCUCCGUCGCUGGGGAACGUAUCCAGGCUUUGUCUCCAUGGCGACCAGCUUUGUCCACAUGGGAGUCUUUGGAGGUUUGAAAAUGUCAGAGGGAGCGCGGUGGUGGUGGGUUAGCUAGCUUUGAGCGACGACAAGGUGGGAAAGUAAACAGCAGGUGUGCGUUGAAGCCUCUCAUGUUCAAUAAAGUAUUCACAAAGCAGCGACCAGCAUCCGACAGACUGUUUCCUCCAUGCAAAAAAACAAAAACUGACUGACUGACUGACUGACUGCUGCACACACUGAUGAAGGGAAAUCACCACCAUCUACCACUGAUUGUGAGCCACCAUUCGUAGCAUAUAAACUGACAAAACAACAAGAUAAAUCCCCGGUGAGGCAUCAGAUUUACGGCGCUUGCUGCCAACCACGAAGAGCUUUGAACAGCUGCUGGGAGUCAGUCUGGGCACCAAACAUCUCCCCUCCAGGGGCAAUUCUCUCAGGCAGAGCACCGUCCGACUGUCCCUCCAGCAGCGUACAGAAGCUCCAUCGGUGCCACUUUAAUAUGCAGAGAAGUCGUUAAGAGAGAGAACAGCUCUUUCUGACUUUGUGUGAGUUCAUCCCGGCAGCGCAGGUCAGCUACAAGUCGGCGCUCGCUAUGGAAGUCAUCGUAGGACAAGUAGGCCCUCUGCUUAUUGUUGGUGAAAUAUCUAUUAACGGUAGACUUGACUGUUAAUGUAGCUUUGCAAAAAUAUAAGACAAAAAAAUACGACUUGGAGUCGUGUUGAUCCAAGGUGUUGUUAAUCUAGUCAUCACAUUUCCAGUGCUAGACGAGGAAAUUUCUGCAGUGAGUAGAUAGUCCUCGGAUAACUGUUAAUGGACUCACUGUUAGCCAUUACCUGGAUGAAUAUAAUGAAUGUACCAAAACGUCUCUUUAACCCUUUAGCUUUCUAAGAAGCCGAGGCAGAGAGAGAAACAGAGAGGAGACAAAAAUCAGAGUUUUAUGUCCCACGAUGCAGCAGUGAAUCUGGUCUCAGGGCCACCAUGACACGUUUCAUCUCUGCUGGCUGACGGCGCUUCAGUCACAUUUUAUACCGAAACACACACACACACACACACACACACACACACACACACACACACACACACACACACACACACACACACACACACACACACUCAGAUCAAUGCACAUCCAUUGUGCAGACACCUCGGGGCAUUAACAGGGUUCAUCUAUCUGCUGAGAGUGGAGCUGAGCCAAAGGGCAGAUUUCUGCUAAUACCUGCCUGGAGGGAUCAGACGCAUCACAGCUUUUUUUGUUGUUAGGCUUUAAAUCUGAUGAAUGUUAGGCGUAUCUGUCAUAGCCGAUAAAGUCGUGCCCUCCAAACUCUUGUUCAGAUGCUUGAGACACUGCGUGUGUGUGGUUUCUUUUUCCUGAAACUGCUGUUAGAGCCAAAAUGGAUUAACUUCACCGCUAAGACAUGAAGAAACAGCAGCAUCUGUAGGCCUGCUAGCUCAACAUCUAUCUCUUCAAACCUCCAAAUAUAAAAAAUGUUUACUAACUGAGUAAAAUGCAAUUAGUUUGACUCUCUGAACCCCAAAAUCUGCCAGCAGGACUGAAGAGAUUCUUGUCUUUAAAAGAAGCUGUGGAAUCUGUCAGAGCCAAAAAUCAGAUUUUUUACUUUGUCAGUUCUUAGUGAAACCUAAGCUUCAGUUCUAAAUGUCUUGUUUAAGAAUUUGCCAAAAAUAAAGCCAAAUUUAUCCAGAUUCUGAUGGAAACAAAACAAAAUCAGCGCUUGAAGCUAUUCAUGACUCAGCUGCUACCUAAAGUCACAUGAAAAUUUUUUUUAAAAGUGUGUGAAGCUGCCAUUUUAUUUCCAGAAUUGACUGCUGAUUCCAGGUUUCAUCAAUUCUUGUACCACAAAUAAUCAAAUAAAUUUCUCUUUUCAUUUUAUAGAUGUUGCACUGCACACAAAAAGGCUGACUUCUAGCUGGGGUUGUGCUGCUAACAUAGAAGUGCAGGAUUUUAUUUACAAAAAUAUUUGAGUAAAAAUGUGACAGAAGGGGGGAAAAAAUCCUGUAACGGAUCAGGUUUCAGAGGGUUUAAUGUAAAUUCAUGCAUCUGAUUUUAUUUUCCAUCUGUUCGCUAGCUAUACCUGCUUUAGCCUGUAAAGAGCUGCAGCCCAUUCAUGCUGACCGUGCACGCUCACAUUCAAAACUACAGCCAGUUUAUAGUAUAUAAACAUACCAUGCAUGAUGUUGGACUGUGGGAAUAACCAGAGAAAACCCAGCAGGUGCAGACAGAACAUGCAAACUACAUGUUCACACUAUUUCAAUGCAGAAAAUGUAACAGCAUCAUUUAAGCACGCUGAGAGGAAAUAAGUUCACUGAAAGGUAGAAGCACGAACAUCUUUCUGCAUCGCUGUUUUCCAUCACAUACGAUUUGAAACUGAAAGUGUGUAGUUUUAGAACACAUUUGGGGUCUAGAUGGAUGUAGCUGAUACGGAAUUAAUAUUUUAUGCACAGAAUAUUAGUAUUCUGUGCAUAAGAUUAAAAAAAACAUCAUUAAAAUGCAUAAAAAUGAUUGAAAAACUGCGAAAACAAAGCAAGUUACAGCUAAACCUCUUUUUGAGUCCUGUAAUAUAUUUGCAGAGUGGAAUUAUUGCCAACAGUCUGCAUGUUCUUAUUGUAAAAAGUGACAUUUCCUCAGAUCUCCUGCCUUUUUUUUGGUGCUGAACCUGCACAGAUUGCUGCUGUUGGUUUUUCUCAUUCCAGUCUUUUGCCCUCAGACAUCACUUCAAAAAGAAAUAACCACUUUCUUUAACGUUUGGCCUCCUGCUGUGUCAUUUCUGUUGUGCACACGUGGCCAUAACCAGCUUCUACACUCGUCCUUUAUCCGCCCAAAAUGAUUUUCUCCAGAAUUGCAGAGAGAAUGAGGAGAUUGUGAUUGCCUGCUGCUCACUCUUUGCUCCCGCUUUAAGUCGCUUUUAGCUUAAUUUGCGUCCUCUUCCCUUGUUAACUGAACACCUCGGAGUGUUUUCUGCUGCGUGUGCACGCUGCUCUGUCUUUUGUCACCAGAGACAGUCUGGGACCUCGACUCGGAGGGUGUCGAGCGUUAUUUGAGGGAGGUGAAAGGCCAGAAUGUCGAUAAUCAGAAAUCAGUCAACGAGAUUUACAUUUACAAAUAUGUACUAUGAUUCUGAUCAAUGUUGCCUAAUGAGCAGAUUGAUCAUUAACGAAGUGCAGAAGGAGGUUUUCAGCUGCAGGCCGAGGAGCCGGUGUUGCCAUGACAUUCAUUUCACGCGUUAACCGGGAGCAGCUCAUGGUAAUGUGACAUUUGUGUGAGAAAGCGGCGGCUCUCGGCCUCCAGGGACGGAGGCGGGCAUGCUGGGAAACCGAAGUGGAGCGUCACACGCAGGCUACGUGGAAUCUUAGAAAACAGCCACCAGAUAUUAAAAAGAUAAUCCUCUCUGUCUCUCUACCUGCUCACACCUACAGAGUGUGUGUUAUCACGUGUGUGUGUGUGUGUAAAUAAAGUUCAUAUUAGACAGAAAAAGGCUUUAAAAGUGUUCGUGCCAUAGGACCUGUAAUGUACAAAACCAGACGUGUAUUUAUACUCCGUCACAUACAGCACAGUAUUAUUAUAAUGAUAUAUCCUUGAAUGUACAACUGAUGCUUCUAGCAUUUCUGUUGGUAUUUUUCUGAAUGUGAUUUUCUACACGAUAACUUUUUGGAGCAGUCUUUUACCUCUUCUCUUCAUGGCAGUGUUUCAGAGCUGUGUUUUUCGACCGUACCAGAGUGAUUGUAGGCUUGCAUAAUUCAGUUUUUUUCCCUCCUAAUGAAUGUAUUGAUUGUGUAAAGUAUUACUGUGCUGUGAGAAAGUAUGCAGAAAAGUAUUGGCUAAUAUUUUUGAUUAAUGAAAUAAAAAAGGGUUGAGAUAAAGA